UUUUUAGUUUGCUUUUUUUCAAAGAAGAAACAAUCUAUAUUGACCUCUCUAUUCAAUUUUUUUUAUUCUAGGCAUUCUUCAAUGGGGUAUUUUUCAAAUAUUUUCUCCAUAAUAGAUUAUUUAAUUUUUAUUUCCUCGUAUAAAUCCAACUUAUUUCAGGCUAUUUUUAAAAUCGAGCUGUUUCGAAAUUUCGAUUUUCGUCUAAUAUUUAAUAAUAAAUGCCCCGCUUUACUAAAUCAGAAAGGGGUAACCCCAAAUUACAACACGAACACCACGAAUAUAAUUAUAGAGAGAAGCAAAAGAAAUAUCAUCUGUGGCGCUGCGUAAACAACAAAACCAUUGUUGGAUGCAAUGGCACUGUUGGCACAGCCAGCACGACAGAUGAAGCCACACAAGUGGUAGAAAUAAUUCAUUCAAUAGAGACUACACUGUUCAUUGACCAGUUGGACAGUGGAUGCUUUAAAUUUUUCUUGAAUAAUUUAAUUACGAAUAAAUUCUCUGUUUGGAAUUAUGUACGCUAUAAUGUGGAGCGAUGUUUAAGUGCUUUAUUUGACCUUUUAAUUACUGGAAGGAAGCAAUUUAAAAAUAUCACCUAUUACCAGCUUGACCCUAGACUUAAUGAACGUAUUAUAGAGGUAAUGAUUUUUUAA